AUGAGCAACGGACAGCUCGAAGCCAACACCGACGAUGCCGUCGAUCCCCGGGUCCAGAUUGAACUUGAGAGGCUAAAUACUGCAACAGAUGACAUCAACAAACUUGAAGUUGAUUUAGAUGAUGCCAGAGCAACAUUUAGGGAGUUGCUAUGUGAAUCGACUUAUAAAAUAAACACUUUGGCGAAAAAACUAGGAACUUGUAUAGAAAAAUCUCGACCUUAUUACGAUGCUAGGUUUAAAGCAAAAGAGGCUCUCACAGAAACCCAAAAAGCUGCCAUUAGAUUCGAAAGAGCAAAUAGUCAACAUGCAGCUGCAAAAGAAAUGGUGUAUCUAGCAGAAGAAGGAUUAAAAACUGAGGGCCGAUGUUUUGACCAUGCUUGGCAGGAAAUGCUGAAUCAUGCUACCUCCAGGGUUAAUGAGUCAGAGCAUGAGAGAGCUAUUUGUGAAGUAGAACACAGGCGGACAACUUUCUUGUAUCAUAACGCCGAACAUCAAGUUCAAAACUUACAACGAGAACUUAAGCGUGCCAUAGCUAAGUCCAGUAUGGGUGCACGCCGCAGUUUGCUUCUGAUAAACAGUAUUGCCUACAGACACAACUUGCUCUUGUUGCCUUAUUAUGAAAUGAAAGCACAUUUCAAUCAAGUAUUGGAAGAACAAAAGUUAAAAGUAAGUGCACUUGAAAAGUCAGUUGCAGAUGCCAAAAUGACGUAUGCAGAAGCUUUGAGAAAUUUAGAAAGGAUAAGUGAUGAAAUCCAUAGAACUAGGCAAUGUGAUAGUACAAAUCAUUUUAAUAAACAAGUAGGGAAUACGAAAAAUCCUUCUUCCAAUUCAUCUAAAAAUAAUUCAACGGAAUCUAGCACUACUGAAUCCCCAGAUAGUACUGACUACACAAGUGACGAAUACUUACGCCUUCCCGAAAGAAUUCAGUGUGAUCCCAGCUCUGCCUUGCCAAAAGUGGAAAAUAACUCUGAAUAUCUUGGUAAAAGUACAAUAAAUAUGUCGUUGACUGAGCCUAGACGAUACAUAAAACGAGAUCGGCUUCAAAGUAUUGCUACAACUACAACCAAACAUAUCGCCACUAGUCCAAAUCAAACUAAUGCUUCUACAUCUAAUUUUCCCGAUAUAACACUAUCACCCACGGAAAAAAAAGUAAAAAUUAAGUUACCCACAGAGGAAAAAGAAAGUAACGGACUACAAAACGGAGAAGAAUGGACUGAAAUUAAUCUAAAUAAUUCUCCUGAUGAGGUCUACUAUGAUAAUGAUGUAGACUCGGACGGGGAUGACCAGAUACCAUAUAAGCCUCUAGGAACUGACGUAAGUCCAGAGUCGAAGCAUGUUACAAACAAAUCAAAUGAAAAGGUCAGAAGUAAAAAGUUAGUAUCACAAAAGUCUCUGCCGGCUAUGAUUGAAAGAAAUGAUACGAGUCUGAGUGAAGAGAAAAGAGCUCAAUUCACGAGUAGUCCAACGUUUAAGAAGAAAGGCAAAUUAGAUGGUUGUUUGGCUACGUGGAUAUCACGUAACUCGAUAGCUGGUGAAACCAGUACAGACAGUUCCAUGAAUUCCAGUAGGAGACAGUCGCUUGAUAUUCUAUGGAAUUCUGGGACAGGUGAAAGAGUUAAGGAAUUGCUUAACCAAGGCAUGAUGAUGCUUAAUAUAUCAAAUUUAACUGAAAGACGCUCAAGCGACUCAAGAAUACUAGACGACGAAAAAGAGCGGGCUACAACUGAGAAAACAGAAAAGCCUGAACUGAAAGGCAAAAAAGUCCCAAGUCCUCUGGAAAGGACAAUAAAUUACUUAAACGCAGAGGACGAAACUUCCGAUAGUGAAAGCUUGGCAAGUGUCGAAAUGCUAACUGAAGAUCAGAUAUCGUCGUUGAUGAUGGAACCUGACAUAAAUCAAGUGUGUCAGGAAAUUUUAGGCACGCCUCUAGUCGAAGUAUGUCCAUUAUUGCAGCAACUUCAGCAGCAAUAGUAAAAAAAGGGCUUCAAUAAUGUUUUACCAAGUACUGGUAAGAGAUAGAUGAAAGUGUUCAAAACCAUACAAAUCAGCGUCAAACCAAGUUACGGUACUGUACACCACUAAAUGUAUAUAGAUAUCUCUAUGUCUUUGCUUAAUCUUCCUUUCAAUUCUGAUUCCUAAUUAAUAGGAAUUGCUGCUGGUUCUGAUUUCUUAGAAAUAUUGUAUUCCAAUCAUUUACUUUUAAGAUUAAGGUAGUCAAAGACGGUGCUAAAUAUGAGGCAUUACUUAUACUUUGUUGAAUAAUUUUUAAUUAUUUAAUGCGCUAAUAGUAUAGAUUUCGUCCCUGGUGCGCAUCUUCUCGUUUAUGAAGCAUGAUCACCCUGGACGGAUGCGCACCAGAUGUGGAUGCUAUUUUUUCUACCAAAGAUGCAGCAAACGUCCAAAGUCGAAAUAAAUGCCCGAGGUAGAAUAAUUUUUUUUUAACAAACACGUAAAGAG